AUGGCCCUACGAAAACGACAUCCUUUAUUAAAAAUCAUCAACGGCGCAUUGAUUGACCUCCCCUCCCCAUCAAACAUCUCCGCCUGAUGAAACUUUGGUUCCCUCUUAGGCCUCUGUUUGACCCUACAAAUCCUCACUGGCAUCCUCCUCACUAUGCACUACUCAGCAGACAUCUCUACCGCUUUUGCAUCAGUAGCCCACAUCUGCCGAGAUGUAAACAACGGCUGACUUAUUCGAGCCCUACAUGCAAACGGCGCCUCCUUUUUCUUUAUCUGCAUCUACCUCCACAUUGGACGAGGCCUAUACUAUGGGUCUUACCUCUAUAAAGAGACAUGACUCUCAGGGGUAGCCCUUCUCCUCUUGCUCAUAGCCACUGCCUUUGUAGGCUACGUUCUUCCAUGAGGACAAAUAUCUUACUGAGGUGCCACAGUCAUCACUAACCUUUUAUCCGCCGCCCCUUAUACCGGCCCUCAAAUAGUCAACUGAGUUUGAGGGGGCUACUCAGUCGACCACGCCACACUCACUCGCUUCUUCUCAUUCCAUUUUUUCCUUCCCUUCCUCAUUGUAGCCAUAUCUUUUAUCCACCUUAUUUUCCUCCACGAAACAGGCUCAAAUAACCCUGCAGGCCUUAACUCAAAUAUAGACAAAAUUCCAUUUCACCCCUACUACUCCUUUAAAGACUUAUUUGGCUAUCUCCUAUUUUUCCUACUACUAACCCUAAUAUCGCUAUUCUCCCCAAACCUUCUAAGCGACCCAGACAACUUUACCCAAGCAAACUCCCUUAUUACACCCCCCCACAUCAAACCCGAAUGAUAUUUUCUAUUCGCUUACGCAAUUUUACGCUCUGUUCCUAGCAAACUAGGCGGAGUAAUUGCCCUGGCCGCCUCAAUCUUCGUGCUUAUACUUGUCCCCUUCCUACACAUGUCUAAACAACAAAGCAUAACUUUCCGCCCAAUCUCCCAACUCGUCUUCUGAACAUUAAUUGCCACUGUAGCCAUCCUUACUUGAAUCGGCGGCAUACCUGUAGAAUACCCAUUCAUUACCAUUGGGCGAGUCGCAUCUGUCUUAUAUUUCUCCCUCUUCCUAUUCUUCUUCCCCCUAGCCAGCUGGUAUGAAAACAAAACCUUAAAACUCAACU